AUGAGGGUACUCACUUUCUUGCUCGUCAUUCUUGUCGCCCUCGCCAACGUCAUGCAAGCACAGCGCUACGACAGAGCCAUCUAUGAGGCCCUUCUCAAGUGAGUCUGGACCACAAAAACGCUUUUUGUUCCCAAUUAGUCAAGGGGGGGGGGGCUACAAGUAGUCGUUCGGUUUUGUUCGUUUCGCAGCUCAAGCCCCAAACAUCCUAGGUUCAAAAGUCAAAACGUACAAAACGGGGGUCUAAAACCCACGCAUCGUUCUCCCACCAAUCUUGCAAAUUGUUUUUCAAUUGGAUUCCAGGAUUAGCAUUAGAAUUAGCCAUGAGGCGGCGUGGUAGUAAAACACAAGUCAAUUCAAUUUGCACAAGGGUAUUGCUCCGUUACAGGAGGACUCUUGGAGUACAAGUACAAUGAGUCACACACACGCACACACACACACAAUUGACGUUAUUUCAGUGAUCUGGAGCGGGAAUUUGUGGAACGCGAUCUGGCGGAACGUGUGCUGGCCAAACGCGAAAUGAGCCGUCAGGACCGUCUCGAGCUGACCGAUCGUGUGCGUCGGGCGUCCGAGAAGAAGUCCUAUCCGCGUAACUGCUACUUCUCGCCCAUUCAAUGCCUCUUCACUCGCAAUUAA